AUGAAAUUAUCUAAAAAAUAUCACCCAGAUAAAAAUAAAGAUCCAAGAUCAGCAGAUAUAUUCACAGAUAUCAACGAUGCUUAUCAGACCCUUCUUGAUCCAAACAAAAGACGCGUUUAUGAUCUCUACGGAGAACCAGGAGUUCAUCUUUACGAAUCUCCUUCGGAAGGUGCAUUCGAUCCUAUGGUAUCCUUAACAAAAUCUGCAAAUUCAAACUCUGACAAAGUCAAACAUCGUGGUGCUACUGUUAAAAUAACUUUUCCAUUUAAGUUAGAAUCAUUUUACACAGGACAAGCUAUUGAAUUAAAUGUUUCACGCACAAAUAUGUGCAGAUGUCCUUCUGCCGGAUUCUAUUGCAACAAAUGCAAAGGAAACUCUGUUCUUCGCGAACAUAAAAUAAUCAAAUCAUACUUAGAGCGUGGUUUUGAAGAAGGACAGAUCGUCUCAUUAAAAGGUGUUGCCGAUGUUAGCGAAGAAAAUGGUGCUGGCGAUAUCGACGUUGAAUGUGUUUCAAAACCACACCCAAUUUACACACGUCAUGGCCAUGACUUGCACAUGACAGUUAACAUCACUCUUAGAGAGGCUCUCCUCGGUUUUACAAGAACAGUUAAAGGAAUAGACGGACAACCGCUCGAAAUUACUUCAAACAAGCCAUUCUCCGACCCAAUUGUUAUUAAAUCAAGAGGACUUCCGAAAUACAUGUAUCCUGGCGUUUUUGGCGAUGUAAUUGUUGAUAGAUAUAUCAGAUGGCCAAAACAUUUGGAUCUGGACCAGAUUAAGCAAAUCAAGCAGAUAUUGAAGUUGUAA